GAGUGUUAACACUGUGAAGAAUAUAAUUUUGUUUCUAAUUUAAUUAGUAAAUAAUAAUAUAACUUGAAUAUAAAUUGAAGCAAAAUUUGUGAGAUAAUUUGGACACUUUUCUUUGAGUAAGAUGCCUUUCUUCAGCGGAAAAUGUCUGAGUACAGCCAGACUGGUUGGCAAGACCGCAAUUAUAACUGGCUGCAACACGGGGAUUGGAAAGGAAACGGUCUUGGAUUUUUAUAAGAGAGGCGCGAAAGUAAUAAUGGCGUGUCGGAGCCUGGACAAGGCGGAAGAGGCGAAAUCUGACAUUGAGGAACGUUGCAAGGAUUUAAAAGAUACUGGCAACAUUGUCCUAGCUAAAUGCGACCUCGCCUCUUUGAAAUCAGUGAGAGAAUUCGCAGAGAAUAUUUUAAACACGGAACCACAGGUUAAUAUUCUCGUUAACAAUGCUGGUGUUAUGAUGUGCCCCAAAACUGAAACUGAAGAUGGCUUUGAGAUGCAAUUCGGGACCAACCAUUUAGCACAUUUCUUGCUGACCAUGCUCCUAUUGCCUCGUAUCAGGAACAGCAAGCCAGCUAGGAUUGUAACUGUGUCUUCUAGGGCACAUAUAAGGUAUGGCAUCAACUUUGAUGACUUGAACUACAAGAAGCGCCGCUACAACGCGGCUGAAGCGUAUUCCCAGAGCAAGCUCGCCAAUGUACUAUUCUCCCGAGAGUUAGCAGCUAAACUAAAGGAGCACAACAUAGAAGGUGUGAACACAUACAGCCUGCACCCGGGCGUGGUGCAGACGGAGUUGGGUCGUCACUUCAAUGAGACGCUGUUCUGGGGCGCGCGGAAGAUCAUCGGCUUCAUCCUCUACCCGUUCAUGAAGUCGGUGGAGCUCGGCGCACAGACCACCAUCUACUGCGCUGUGGACGAGAAGUGUGCUAAUGAAACCGGCUUGUAUUACGCUGAUUGUGUCCCAACCAACACAUCAGCUAAAGCUCAAAAGGAUGAAAACUGUAAGAAAUUAUGGGAUAUGUCAGUCGAGCUGGUGAAGUUGGGAGACUAUAACCCUUUCACUGCACCCGAUCCAGGCGUUAAGAACAAUUGAAUCUUCUAGAAUAUUGUAAAACUUCAGCGAGGGCUACUGCAAGUGAGUUCGCCGCUAGAAUGGCUAGUGUAGCACUGUAGCUUUUUGCUAAUGUGAAGUCAUUCGACAUUCAAUUUUUAACAGCUACAGUAGAUAUUAGCGCCACCAGGUUGCUUACUCUUGAAACAAAUCUCAAUGUCAAUGUAAUUUCAAUCCAAUAAAAUCUCAAUAAUUAUUCGAUGUCAAAUCUAUCAAUCCUAGCUGUUAAGAUAGCAUUCAGAGUACGGCACAUAAAACCAAACUCAAUAUAUUUAGUUCAUUAAAUAUCCGCGCAAUACGGAUGCAA